UGGAAUUAAAAUUAUUUUGUAGCAAUGUCAAAACAUAAUCAUAAUCCAAUACCUCAGGACUCUGAAACAGUAAAUGACAUGUUCAAUAAAGGAGAAAACCCUAAAGCUAAAGCUUUAACAAUCGAGCCAAAACUUAGAGAAAAGAAACAACCGCAACCAGAAAUAACCAAGGAAUACAAAGCUGGGACUCCUAAAUAAACUCUCUAAUGAGCUAAACAAAGAUUUAGGGGGAAAGCAUGGCCCAGAAAGCUCUAUCAAUAAUAGAGCUUCAAGCAUACGGAGCAAGACUAACAAAAGUACCGGAAAUACUAGCAAGAACAAACAAAUCAGAGAAGGCCUUGAUGAAAUUGACCAAGAAAUUGAAUACAUCGACUCAAACCUCCCUGAUGAAGUCCUUGAGGAAGAUGAUGAGCUUUCAGGGCUAGUAAACUCCAACAAGAUCCUUCGAGACAAAGUGAACCAUCUCUCCUUCAUCGUCGAAAAUGCUAUCGAAAAGGCAGCAUCUUUAAGGAAGCAGAUUAAUACUCAUAGGAAGGAGCCUGAAGAUGAAGAGUUAAAGAGCAAGCUUAAAGAGAUUAACAAAUACCAGAAAGCAAUCAUGAAGCUAAAAUACCCCCGCAAGAAAGAGGACUACAAGACCAAAGAGAUUAAAGACGAGAUCAAGAUACUUAAUAAAGAGAUUAAAGAACUUGAAGAAAAUCAGAUCCAGUCGAUCAAGAGGCAGAACCAAAACAGAACCAGAGCUUAUGAAGAAAUCGCUAAAGGAAACGGAGAAAAGAACUUAAAAGUCAUCACCCUAAAAUAGCAGUCUCCAACAAGAGAAGGAGAUUGUCGCCCAGCUUGAGCAAGAAAGUAAGGAAAAUGAAGCUAACUAUGAAAUUGCAAUGAAACAACUAAGAAGUGUCAAUACGGAAUACAGAUCCUUAGUCGAUAAAAGAAUAGCACUUACUAGUAACACCCAAACGCCUGAUGAGUCUGAGGUGACGAAAGAAGACAGAAUGAUCUCAGAUAUUCAGAAAAAGAAAAUAAUCAAGAGAAUAGCCAACAAUAAGCUUACCCAAAUUAAGAUGAAGGUAAAAGCUCAAAAGAAGGUCAACAUUGACAUUGACAAGGAGAUAAUAGAGUUAAAAUCAAGUAUUCAAGAGAAACUGAAAGAAAAUGAACAAAUGAGUAAAAGAGCAAAGGAAAUGAAAGGUAUGUUUGUUCAAAGACCUAAUGACUCUACAGUUUCAGCCACUAAAGCUCCUCCAUCUCCAAUAAUAUCUGAGGAGCUUUAA